GUGGUAUAAGCUCCAGCCAGCAGUCAAUCUUCCAGACCCAAAUGCAGCGAUCCCAUAUCCUCCGCUCAUUCCUCCACACCUGUUCUCCCAGAGCAGCUCCACUCUUCAAGCAGAGCCAUCCCUCCCCUCACUUAACAAAGAUGGCCCCAAAAGCCCAAAGCCAAAUCAUCUACGCCCCCUCAGCGGAAGCCCCGCGCGGGCUCAUAUCAGUCUUCCUCGCAGGGACAACCACCAAAGUCGACCCCACCGAUUGGCGCGAGGUCCUCUCCGCCUCUCUCGCAGACGCGCCCGUCACUAUAUACAACCCGCACCGCGCAGACUGGGACAGCUCGUGGCGCGAGGAUAUCGAUUUUGCCCCCUACCGCGAGCAGGUGGAGUGGGAGCUCGAGAAGCAGGAGAAGGCUGAUGUGGUCGUUGUCUACUUCCACCCUGCGACUCAGGCGCCGGUUAGUUUGCUGGAGCUUGGGCUGUGUGCGCGUAUCCCUGGGAAGGCGGUUGUUGUUUGUCCGGAGGGAUACUGGAAGAGGGGCAAUGUGCAGGUUGUUUGUAGGAGGUUUGGGAUCGAGUUGGUGGAUGGGGUUGAGGGGUUGAGGGAGGCGGUUUUGAGGAGGUUGCCUCCUGGUGUUUUGUGAUUUGGG